AUGCUUGUAAUCAGGCGUCAAGGAUGUGUAGCAUUAGCAGAGGUGGGAGCCAACUACGUCACGUAUCAGCGUAGGUAUCCAAUUAUUCAAUGUUUUCUGAAGUUUUCGCGUCCCUCGUCUGCAAAAGUGAAUGGCGCUUCUCGACUUGCCGGUACCAACUCAGGGUUUGAUCCGAUUUUCAUCCUUUUAGCAGCUAUGCUCCUCGAUCGAAGGCUGCAUGCGGCAUUCCCCGAGGGGAUCUACGAGCCGCCACUCGAGUGUCCGCUGACGCAGGUGUAUCCUCAACGUGCAUUUAAGUUGGUGAAACCUGAGAAGUUCCUCGAUUAUGACCGUUUGCGGACGAAGUGCUACUGCACUGGAGUGGAUAAGGGUCGAUGGAGCUGGCCGCCCCUGCUCCGGCACGAUAUGCUUAGCCGCCCCUCUAAGGAUAUCGGCAUGUAG